UCCACUCUACAAAUACAGUCUGUAGGGAUCAAUCAAAUCAAAGAACUGAACGAAGAAGAUAUAUAGCUCGUAAGGAAAUCAUUUAUUGGAAAAGUGACGGAUAACUUUUUCUUUAUUCAUCGUUGUGAAUUAUUCACCACACUUAACAGUAACUUCACAUUUGAUGGGACACACAGAAGUUUCCAGCUGUCUUCUGUCCGGAGCGAAGCAUCACGCCGAAGAAUUGAUGGAGAUUUUGCGAAUUGAAAAACAACCUGGACAGCUGCAUUUGUUUUGCACAGGAUAAUACUGUUUUACAUCGUUGACCGUUACAGCUCAAAGGGGCUUUACAGCCUGAUGCCAUAGAAUAACAUAUUCAAUAACUUUAUAUUCCUUCAGAAAACCAUCUAUGCACUAGUGCUGUAAAGAACCCAGAAACCAGCACAGAUCUGAAGACCCCAUAAUGUAAUCACGAACCAUACAAGCAAAAUGGUCCUUCAUAAGAAAAGGGUUCUUUGCUGAACCUAAGAACCAUUGAAGAACCUAUAGCUGUAAGAUCCUAUAUGGCUUGAAGCAGAAGAGAAGAGGGAAAAACAUUGGCUUCCAAGUGAUUUUAUAUUUAGAAGUGAAUACACCCUCAUCAUCGUCAUCACAGACUGGAUGUAAAGAUGACAAGAGUCUGGUUUGCUCUGCUGGGCUUCUUGUGGAGCUUUUAUUUGGCAGCUAGCAGUUCUGUACUGGACGGAUCUGAGCUUCAGCCCAACUUCAUGCAUCGGAGGUUGCGGACUCAGGAGAAGAGAGAGAUGCAGAAAGAGAUUCUGUCCAUACUGGGACUGAACCACAGACCCAGACCGCAUCUGAAAUAUAAUUCAGCACCCCUCUUCAUGCUGGAUCUGUACAACAGUAUGUCCACUGAAGAGAAGAGCGACGUGGAUCAGUACAGAUCACUGUUCACCACCACACGACCCGCUUUAGUUUCACCUCAUGACACAGAGUUCCUGCAUGAUGCGGACAUGGUCAUGAGUUUUGUCAAUUUAGUGGAAAAUGACAGAGAGCUGUCUCCACAGAGAAGACACCAUAAAGAGUUCAAAUUCAGCAUGUCCCAGAUUCCAGAGGGAGAGGCCAUCACAGCUGCAGAAUUCAGGAUCUACAAGGAGUGUGUGACCAGGGCCUUCCGCAAUGAGACAUUCCUACUUAGCGUGUUCCAGGUGGUUGGGGAACAUCCUGAAAGGGAUGCCGACCUGUUUCUGCUGGAAUCUCGCAGGUUGUGGGCUGCUGAAGAAGGUUGGUUGGAGUUUGACAUCACAGCAACUAGUAAUCUCUGGGUGAUGAGUCCACAUCAUAACCUGGGUCUACAGAUCAGUGUGGAGACCAGCAGUGGCUGGAGCAUCAAUCCCAAGGAAGUGGGGUUAGUUGGUCGUGAUGGUGCUUUAGAGAGGCAGUCUUUCAUGGUGGCCUUUUUCAAAGUGAGCGAAGUCCAUAUCCGAACUGCCCGGUCAGUGGGCAAGCGACGUCAACCGAACCGCAAUCGCUCCAGCAGUCCACAGGAGGAAUCAAAGGGACCAGCUCAUACAGCAGAUUACAACAGCAGUGAUCAGAAGACCGCCUGCAGAAAGCAUGAACUGUACGUCAGCUUCAGAGAACUGGGCUGGCAGGACUGGAUUAUUGCACCUGAGGGCUAUGCAGCAAACUACUGUGAUGGAGAAUGCUCUUUUCCCCUAAACGCCCAUAUGAAUGCUACUAAUCAUGCUAUAGUACAGACACUGGUCCAUCUCAUGAAUCCAGAGAACGUUCCAAAACCAUGCUGCGCUCCCACCAAACUGCAUGCAAUCUCCGUGCUCUACUACGACGACAACUCCAACGUCAUUCUGAAAAAAUACAAGAACAUGGUGGUGCGCGCAUGCGGCUGCCACUGACACAAGGGACACGUGUCGCCCUGCCCGACCGCUGCACCGCAGAGACAGGACUGACAAAACGAAAUAAAGGCAGAUGCGAAAAGCAAGCAUUAUGAAAACAAAUAUGAGAGAAAAUGUCUCGACGGUAGAUCCAAGUUUGCUGCUUCUCAUUUUUAUACACAUGGCCAUUUCUCGUGACAUUUUGGAUCCUACAAACCUCCAAGAGGAUGUUCAUGUGAAUCUAUAAACAGAAAAUGAACUUGAUGCCUUAAGUCUAAAACAAAAGAAAAUGUAAAUUAUGAACUAAAAUGCAGUCUGUAAUAUUUAAAGGGGUCGCAUCAUAACACUAUCACUUCAUUUUCUAAGUAAGGUCUACUUGCUUUACAAAACAGUCAAAUCAGUUCUUUAUGACUUUUUUCCCCACCCACAUUCUGAUCCUUGGAAUUAAAUGGGAUACUUUUUUUUUUUUUUGCUGUGCCUUUAGGACUAGACUUUGUAUCUUUCUAAUGUUUGAAAGUUCCAGAAGUUCAGAACAAAUCUUUUUUUUUUGCAACUUUCAGGAACUUCCUCCCCAAUAUAAAUAGACAGUUUGAGUUCUGAAAGUUACUGUAGCUUUUUUUAUUUCAAAAGAAACUUUGAUUCCUCAUGAUAUGACCUCUUUAAGAUCGGAAACUUAUAAAUGACUUAUAAAUGACUUCUGUGCUGUCCCAAAGCACAGAAAUCAGAACAGGAAACUUUCUACUGCUUUGUGUAUUUUUGAUGAAGUCACUUGAACCCACAGGACUCUAUUUUAGGUCUAAAAAAAUCGAAUUAUUUUAAGUUUCUCAAUAUUUGCUCUGCACUACCUGUGGUUUGCAUCUGUGAGUCAGAGCAAGUGGUUACACACUUCAACAGAACUCAAAGAACGGAACCAUUAUGCUGCCGUUCCAAGGACGGAACUGUAAUUUGAUGCCGUCCGACACCACAGAUCUAUAAUUUCCCUGCAACACCUGCACCUCGGAUGGCUUACAUCCAAAACUUCCCAUAAUACACGAGGACCUACAAAUAAUUUAAUUUGUAUUCUGUGCCAUCGUACUCACAUGGGCUGUAGAUUUUCCACCAUCUCAUGUCUAUUUAUUGUCAAACAUUUUUUUAAAUGCAGCUGUCCAUCCUUUUUUUUCCACUGUGAGCCAUUGAAUGGUACAAAACUCUUGCUGGACAGGCAACAUAGGUCUAUUAUCAGCAUUGUAGCAAUAUAUUUUGUAUUUGCCCUUUGUAAUUUGGGAAUCGAUAAUUGCUUCAAUUUUUAUACCAAUACUGAAACCAAAUAAUUCAGUUACGUUUAGUCACAUUUUAAUACUGUUUGCAUUUCCAUUCAUCUCACUGGCACAGGACUCCAAUAAGCCAACAGGACCAUGCCUGCCAGCCAAACCUCGACUGCUUGGUUCACAUUGACAGUGGCCACAUCACUAUGGUAUUGGGUUGUACUGUUGGUUGCCAGUAGGCUUAUCUGUACUCAAAAUCUGCCACAAGAAUUGAAUUUGAGGGUAGUAAAAAGUAUAACAAUUUUCCAAAUAUUGUCAAUUUUUUUCCAACUCCUAUUCCUAGUUAUAUCACAUACCUCCCAUAAACUGCUGUUUACGUCUCAACCGUAUUUGGAUGCUUGUGUGUAAAUACUUGUACAUUUUACAGUUUAUUUAUUGUUCUUUUUAUGAAUCCUAUAGCACAGAGAUCCUAUAACAAGAGUAAAGGAAAAAUUAAAAACUGCUAUUUUUGGAAAAAGACAUUUUAUUAUGAAAUUUGUCACAACAUGCCUUUUUUUUUGUACAAAAACCCCCAGGCAGUGUGUGUACCCCUCUCACACAGGACAAAAAUACUGCAUUUUUCAGUAAGUUCGGCCUUGACCAUGUGCCUCCCAUAAAGACUUCACUGAAUAUAUGCGGUUUCUCUGAUUGCUUUUCCCUUCCUUCUCUUUCAGAUCCAGUAA